CUGGUUCGUUGCAAACGAAAUGAUGGCUGGCCUAGAAACCCUCCUCGAAAGCAUGUUGCCAGCUUUCCAAAGACCUUCACCGCAUUACUGGGUUUUCUCUGUAACAUUGUCUAAGAUAAGCUUAAGGAAGACCCAAAGAAGCGUUACAAGCGUCCCCAUACAACCGCAUCACCCCAUACCGCGCUUAUGAACCAAGUCUCCCACUCCACCGACCUCGAGCGACCUCCAGCAUUGACUCUACCACUCCCACCCCCAAAAAACCCAAGCACAUCGAAAAGCAGGGGGAAGACCUCGCGGAUUACCUAUCCUCAAUCAGAGAGCCUCCCUCUCAUGCGUUUAUCACUUGAGAUCUACCUCGAAGUAUAUAAUGCUGUACUCGGUGAUCGCAGGGUCCAUAUUUCGUUUGGGUUUGGGAACUUUGGGCCAGAGCGGCGUGAGCUGGAGCCCGUUCCCUGGGUGAUGACUCUAGGGGAAAGAAGAGGGAGUUGGUGGAACACAAACUGCACCUGGGAUCACAGCGAAGACAACUCGUACAGGAACAUAUUGAUGGAUAAUCUCUGUGGAGCCACCAAGUAUUGGAACCGGUCAGAGAAACAUUGGCCGCCUUAUUCGAUGGGAGGAAUGCAGAAGCUGGAUUUUGCGAUCUUGUUGACCUGUCGGAAGAUAUGAACACCUUGCCCUUUUGUUUGCCAGAAACCUGAGGGAGAGCUAACAUGGGAUGGGCAGUUAUUCAGAGGCAAUCGACGUACUUUACAGAAGGACUUUCGUCUUCAAU